UAGUAUUUGGUUUCUGAGGUUAGUUCUAGUAAAUGAAAUUUUCAAAAGUACAUGAAUAAUUUUUGACGCUAUUGAUCUAGCAGAAAGCAGCCAGGAUGGGUACAUCCUUGGCAGAGCAACUGCGGAAACUCAGGGCUCCACAAACGGAGCUUUUACUUCAAGACAAAAAACGUUCAAGCUUGUUAUUUGAUCCAAGGGAAGCAGCUAAUUUGGACAGGGAAACUGUCUUAAAUAUUGGUAAAAGUGGGUUGCAAGAUCUAAUCAAACUGAGCAAUCUAUUUCAAAAAUAUGAAGGAACUCUGUUUGCACAGUCUUCUUUGUCUUUGGAACGCUCUGUUCAAGAUGCAAAGGUCAACGAGAAACUGGAUUCAAAAAUAGAAAAGUUUCUCAUCCUUUUGUCACCAUAUUUUCUAUUAAAUGUUGCACAUAAAGCGCUCGAAUGGUUGAUCCAUCGUUUUCAUAUCCAUCAGUUCAACAAAGAUCAGUUUCUUAUGCUUAUACUGCCUUACCAUGAGACUCGUAUGUUUGUAAGAGCAUUACAAUUGGUGGAUGUAUCCAAUCCUGGGGAUAAGUGGCAUUGGCUAAAACCAUUGCAAAAGCCUGGAGUACCUUUAUCUUCAAUAACGUUAGUGAAUCGAGUUGCAUCAGACUAUGGUUUAUUAAAACAUUUGUGUAAUCAUGUGGUGACAGCUACAAAGGUUUAUGGUGACCAGGCUACAAGUUUGAGUACACUUUACGCUUUUUACACAAUGUCCUUGAUAGGUGCCGUGCACCAGUUGACCACAAUAACUGAAAUUUACGUUGAUCAUAUGCUGCCUUGUCUUUUAAAAGGUCUUGGAAGUUCUAUCUCGGACUUUGCAGCGGGCAGUUAUAUGAUACUUGCGAAACUUUCCACUAAAGUCAGGAUAAACGAUGAAACUAUGGAGCUUUUAAUGAUAAAGAUUCUUAAAGAUCCAAUUUUAAAACAAGAAGCGACAUUAUUGCUUCUAUCUUUGUAUAUAUCACCAUACAAUCAAUUAUCAGUUGUUCCCGAGAGGAUUGUACAGCGAUUAUCCGAGGUACCAUGGUUUGUGGAAUCGGUAUGUAAAGUAAAGACCAUGUCGGUAAAGAUUUCUAAAUUCUUAGUUCCACUUUUGGAUACAGCUUUUCAAUGUAUUUUAACAAACUCAUGUGACAGUAAAGGUGUACAGGAUAUGGUGGAUGAGAUUUUUUCUCGUAUGUCAUUGGAAGACGAUGAGGUAGACUCCAUCUUGUCAAAUGCAUUGAAAGUAGAUGAAAAUUUGACAGAACGCACAGACGAGUCUCAGAACUUUUUGACCACUUUCUAUAGGUCUUUAGAACGACGAUAUCCAACCAGAUUUGACGCAUACUUGAAGAAUUUAAGAAACUCCAGCAAAGACGAUCCAAAAUCGAAAAAAUCUCUUCAACGUUUGAUCUCCUGGCAUUCUGGAGCUAAUAUUGCAGAAAGUUCUUUAGACAUUUUAGAUGGCUUAAAUCAUAUAAAUCCAAUUUUCCGGAUCGCAGCAUUAAAGAAAAUGUCAAAAGGUGGUGAAGAAGUCUCUGAGGUUUUCCUAGAGAUGGUAAAAAGUGCUUUAUUAAUGAGAUUCAAUGAUGACAAUGUAGAUGUCAUUCACACGCUAUUAAACUUCCCCUUAAAAAGACUACAAAGUCUUUUUCCAAAGAACAUUCUUGUCGAAAAACUGAUGGUUCUAUUAUCGGAGUGCCACGAAGAAUCCAGAAUAGUUCUUGCGAAGCCAGCGUUGAAGAUUCUCCUGCAACUAUGCGACCAGGGUGACAACACUACAAUUUUUGUAGCAGCUUUGCCAUAUUUAUUUCCCAAGACCGAAGAAGAGGUGGAUAUCGCAAUGCAAGUUUUACAAUCCAGUUUUGCUCAAAAUAAUAUCUACCUGCAGAGUGUCAAAGAAGACUUAGGUGAUAUUUUAAGUGCCGAAGCAGUAGCAUCAGCUGCGUUUCACAAUAUACUAAAAUGGGACCUACUUCCACCUGCAUCGCACAUAUUAAAUGCUAUGAAGCACCAAGAUUUCCAUGGCGAUGCUUCAACCCUGUUUUUCAAUAUGCUGUUACUAGGCUCCGUUUGUAGAGUACCCGUGGGAUCAUUACCUCCAGUUUUAGCCAGGGAGAUAAUAGAAAUCGCUGCGAAGAUGAUGACGCAAUAUCCGAAGGUGUUACCAUUACCAGGCUGCAAUCAUCUGAACAGCUAUAAAAUUGAAGAAGCUCUUCAGUUUACAUCAAAAGGAAUUUUACCCCUGCAAGUAGGCACGUACAUUCUGGAGAUGGUGCACAGACGCCUAGACCUAAAUGCUAAUCCUGUCGUGGAUUUUGAAAAGGAUCCUGAACGUAGUUUCUUGAUUCUUCAAUUGCUCCAGAUAAUUUUCGAGGGUCUGCGGAAAAGUGCGUGGACCAGUCACUACAAGUGGUGCUUGGAGAUCUUUCUUAGAAGACACUUUUCCAGCGCACAAGCCGUAGUACGUUUUCUGUCACAGUUUUACAUUAAGCCAGUUGAUCCGCAAACUUCACUGCAUUGCUUAGAAAUUAGUGCGGUGCUCCUUAGCAGCAGUCGAACGCUUCAGUGGGCCUUUCUGGAUGAUGUCUUUGUAACGAAUCUCUUAAUAGCUCUUUCCAGUAAGAGCAGUCAGGUCAGAAAGUCGGCUCUAGGCGUCCUCAAGACCCUGUCGCAGACGUUUAACUUAUCUAUGGAAGGUUACUCUACUCUACUGAAUGAAUUAGCAACAAAGAAAACGGAGAUAGCCGUAGAUUGUGAUCAGCUGCCUUUGGCCCUGUACACUCUGCUUUCUCCAGACCCUGACGUAAGUCACCAAAUCAAUGAAAAUCUUCGUGAAAAAUUGCAAGUUGCUCGAGACUCCCUGCUAAGGACAGCCACCAAAGAGGACGUUCCCAUCCACAUCGUCUCUCAGCUGUUGGAUGUUCUGGUGCACGUAAAUGGCCCCUCGAUCGUUAAAAUCCUUACUCCUCUAGGCAUCAAACUUCUGGAACAGCUGAGAUCAAAUCCUGGAAACACUUUUACAGGGAAAGCUUUGAAGAAUCUUCUUCUCCGUUUCAACGGUACAAUGGUGGAAGCUCUAAAGAGCUCCGAAGUAUGGGAAUUCUUCAGAGCCUGUAUAGAUGAUCAGUCGUCUCAACUUUCAACCGAGAAGGGUUUUUGGCCACCUUGCGUUAUCCUCGUCAAGCAGAUUGACGAGCUCUUCUUCGAUUCUCUGGGCAAGGUCUCGCUAGCUCUCCAGGGUAAGGUUUUAGCCAAACUCGUCGAUCUGGUGACAGAUUGCGAAUUGGGUAGUGUAGUCACUUGCGUGAAUAGAGCCGUUAAACGAAUCAACGUCGAUGCUAGCCUCAUCAUCAAAGAACUGCAGGCCAUGAAGGCUUGCACCCAGGCCUCUGAAACCAACUCCACGAGAACUAACUCCAAAAGGAGAAGAGUAACUCGAAUCACCGAAGUGAUCCCUAGUCCCGAGGUGGUAAAUUCUCGUGUCUGGCGAAGAGGAGUCACCGUUUUAGAAUUUAUUCAACAAACGGACAACAUAAAACACGAAGCCUCGUUAUUCCCAGCCCUAUUCGAUUUGCUGAGGACGUGUCUUGCAUUUGAGGAGCAGAACCCAGUGGAGUAUACCAAUCAACUGUUGCUGUCGUCGAUUCAUCACUUGGCCUCGAAGAAUCUGAAAAUCCCCGACGCCCACGUCCAGGUCGACCUGAUAGCCCAGUGCAUCCGCACCUCGCAAAAUCCCCAGACCCAUCACCACGCUCUGAUGGUCCUGGUAGAACUUUUCAAAGUUGCGGACGUGGAGAGUGCUCUCCACAACAUCAUGCCGAUUUUCACCUUUAUGGGAAAUACCGUCCUACGGCAGGACGACGCCUACUCUAUCCAAAUAAUAUCCAAAACCAUCGAAACUGUGGUACCCAUAGUCAACUCAUCCGGGGAUGAGAAACAUCUUUGUCAGAUACUAAGAGUCUUCGUCACUUCACUCCCGGAUAUUCCGGAGCAUCGAAGACUUCCGUUGUUCGUUAAGCUUCUUCAACUCCUGGAGGAACAUCUCCAUCUUUUCUAUUUACUAACGUUCGACAGCCAAGUUAGAUUCCAGCUGUCUCAGCAGAAGGUGCAAAAGGCGUCCUCCGAGAGGCUGGAGUUCGCCCUGAACAUCUCCUCGGAGUUCCCUCCGAAAAGACUCGUAGAGGUUUGCGUAAAACUGGCGGCGUUCGCGCGCGAUCUACCCGUAGAAGUGGACCCUGAAAGGCAGGAAGCUCUUCGCAUUUCCGCGGGCCACGUUUUCGGGGUCGCUAAGAUCUCUCAGAAGUACCUCGAUAGGUACAAAUAUGUUUUAGUGAAUUUCCUGGGAGCGGUGCUUUCGGCUCCGGAGUUCGUAAACAGAGUGGCGCUCCUUAGUGAAGAGGAGGUCGAGGCUAUGAAGAGUUACUACGACGAGUUGAUCGUGGAACUGGUGAUCUUGAUCCAGAGCGCCUCCAGAAGUGCCGACCUUCAUCAAGGCAAACCGAAGGCCAAGUACUGGAAGGUCUACCUUCACCACCUCUACGAUGCCUUGGACGUGGUGAACGCCCUUCUGCCGAACGAGACCUUCAUCGCCAGCAUUAAGCGACUUCUGGAGCACGACCUCCUGGCCGUAAGAAAGAACGCCCUUGAACUGCUAAAUGCCAGGAUACAGCAGAAGAAAUUCGGAGAGAACGAUCGCGAAGAUUUGUUGACCUUGAUAGAUCCUCUGACGAAAUUCGUCAAAGUUCAUGGAAAAGUCAAGAAGGAAGUUAAGCCCGGAAAUGUGCAAGAUGAGAUCGUACAAACGGCAUUCAUCAGUUUCAAACUGUUGGCCAAGCUGCUGGCUAACGAUUACCCCGAAGUCUUUAAACCGAUUCUGGAGAUGGCCACGAAGAUUGUGAAAACCCGAGACGGUCCUGUGCUUGCCAGUGCCGUGCUCUGCGUUGCCGAAUUAUGCAGUGCAAUGCGUGUACACGCAAUACAGUCAUUGAAUAAUUUCUUGCCAGCGAUCCUGCGUCUUUUGGAAGUUUGCUGUAACCAGGAAACACCGGAUGUUGUAGCCAUUAGCAUAAUUAGCGCCCUGCAGAAAAUAGUCGAAUCAAUCGGGAACUUCCUGUCGCUGUACUUGGAUCAGCUGCUCCUUCAAUUGAGUCGAUUGAAAGCCCUCUACACUGACAAGGAAAAUUCAAAGGUCACCCUGAUAACAACGAGGUUAAAUGCAACUGCUCAGAAACUGUCUAAUUGCAUUCCUUUGCGGGUCUUACUGCCAGCAAUGAACAAGACUUAUGCAGUACUUCUUUCAAAUAAGUCUUACGAAUGCAUCGGCCCCUUGAUGAGUGUCUUGUCAGAGUCUUUUGCCAAUGUGCGAUCCCCUGAUUUAAAGGUUGCCAUUUCGGACCUUGCAGCCUUUUUUCUGAAAGUCUUACAAUUUCGGGAGGACAUGGGUUGCAGCGACGAAGACGAGGUCGACGAGGAGAGCCUGAAGAUAAUUGUUAACGUCGAAGAGAGUGCUGGCACAGCUUUGGUGGCUCUAGUUCUUAAAUUGAGCGAGACCACUUUUAGACCUCUUUAUUACAGGCUGUACGAUUGGGCGGCUAGAAAUCCCGGCCAUAAGCUACGGAACAUUACAUUCUUUAGGAUAUCGGCAAACGUAGCGGAAUGCUUGAAAUCCUUGUUUGUAUUAUUCGCGGGCCAUUUUCUGAAACAUGCUGCAUUACUUCUGGUUAGCAACAAUAUUAUAUCUGAGGAUUCUCAGGAGUUGACCUUGACGUUGGAGAAGAAUAAAGUGGAGCUCAUUGAGGCGAUUCUCCUCACUUUAAAUAGGAUAUUUAAUUACGAUGCGCAAAAUUUCGUAAACCAAGAACGCUUUGAGGCCCUUGCCCAACCAUUGGUGGAUCAAAUAGAGAACACUGUCGGCAGUACGCAGGACUAUGAAACACGAGCGAAAGAUCUUAUCGUUCCUUGCAUCGCAUCUUUCGCAGGAGCCAUUCAAGACGACUCGUUGCACAAACAAUUGGUGUAUCAAACUUUAUUGAAAACCAGACACACGAAGCCGCAAGUCCGGAAUACAGCGCUUGGUUCUCUGGUUGAAAUUGCGAGGAAAUUGGGAAGCGACUUUAUGCCUCUGCUCCCAGAGACCGUCCCAUUCCUCGCCGAAUUAUUGGAGGACGAAGACGAAUUAACGGAGAAAAAUGCCCAAAAUGCAGUCCGUACUUUAGAAGAGAUCCUCGGGGAGCCCCUCCAAAAAUAUUUCUGAUCUCCUAAUUUAGGAGAAUAUGAAUGUACAGUACAAUGCAUUUGAUUCCUCAACGAGGCGACAGAAUUUGUGGUGUAAAUACAUAGAUCAAUAAGUAACAGUAA